GCGCCAUCUUUCGCGAAAUUUAAAAAUUAGUUGUAUGGAGAUCAUGUUGAAUUGUUUUUAUACCGGCUGGCGGAUCCUUUGAAAACAUUUAUAAGAAGAAAGAAUUAUUUGUUUUAAAAAACUAGAAUGGCUGGAUUGGAAGAAGUUGGCAUUCCUGGUAAAGAAUAUUUGCGUGAAGCACUUACAAACUGUUCUGAUCCAGUUCGUGCCAUUGAAGAAUUUCAAACAGAAAAUGGAAUUUUGUUACCAUCUCUUAGGCCAAUGCUACCACUGCUAGACCUUCAUGGUGUGAGAAGACUUGAAUUUCAUACAUCAGUUCUAGAAGAACUAAAAGAGCAACUAUUGAUGCAAAUUGAAAACCUUGGAAAACAAGAGCAUGACAAUCAAGAAAAGGAGAAAAAAUUAAAAGAGCUGUUACAGAAAAGUUUUCCUGUUAUUAAGAUUCCCAUACUACGACCUGUAGUAAUGUGUAUAUUAAAAAAUAUGAAUCAAGUGGAUGAUAAAUAUUUGAAACAGUUAGUAGCUGAUAAACAAUUUUAUGAAGAAUGUGCUGUACAGGUAAAAAGACAGAUCUGGCAACAUAAUCAGGCUUUAUUUGGAGAUGAAGUUUCACCUUAUCUUAGCCAAUACACUAAAGAAAAAGAAGAAGUAUUAUUUAAUCAUACAGACCCUACAGCACAGUUUUUUAUUCCCUCCCCUAAACAACGCAGGCAAGGAAAAGUAGUACAAACUUUAUUGACAAUGAUUGGAAAAAAUGUUAAAUUAUAUGAUAUGGUUCUACAGUUUUUACGUACAUUAUUUUUACGAACUUCUAAUGUUCAUUAUUGUACAUUGAGAGCAGAACUUCUUAUGGCACUUCAUGAUCUUGAAGUACAAGAAAUUACCUGUGUUGAUCCAUGUCAUAAAUUUACAUGGUGUUUAGAUGCUUGCAUACGUGAGAAAAAUGUAGAUGUUAAACGUUCCAGAGAACUGCAAGGUUUUUUAGACAGUAUUAAGAAAGGACAAGAACAAGUUCUUGGGGAUCUUUCAAUGACACUGUCUGAUCCUUAUGCAAUUAAUUUUUUGGCUUCUUCAGCUUUGAAAAUUCUUGGUUAUUUAAUCAAUGUUGAAAGUCUUCCAAGAGAUAAUCAGGUGUUGGUUCUUUUGCUUAGAAUGCUUGCAUUAGGAUUACAAGCAUGGGAUAUGAUUAAUAGUCAAACAUUUAAGGAGCCAAAAUUGGAUGUACAAUUAGUCACCAAAUUUUUACCAGCACUUAUGUCCUUAAUGGUAGAUGAUCAGGUACGCAGUAUUAGUGCUAAAUUACCACCGGAUGAUCGUGAAACUGCUAUAACAACUAUAGAACAUUCAGGACCUCCUCCAGAUGCAUAUCAAGCUUAUGUUCAAGAAAAUGGAGUAGCAAGUGUUUUAGCUAUGUAUCAUGCAUUACAUACAGCUCGUCAAAGGGAUCGUCUUGGUUUAAUGAGGAUUCUAGGCACACUAGCAAAUUGUGAGAAGAAUCGUGCCUUUGAAGAUCCAUUUCUUCAUUCUUUAGUAGCAUUGUUAAUUCCAAUGGCAGAUGAAUUUGCAGCUGAAGACUUUUGUACAGUAGUAUUUGAUGAAUUUUUUCUUACUGGAAUUAUGCAUGAAAAUGUUGUUUAUCACCUUUUAAAGUUGUUAUGGUAUGUUCAUCUGAAACUACCUCCUAGUCGAUCAGAUGGAAUGAUAAAAGCAUUGCAGCCUGUUAUUAAGAAUGAGAAUAUGCAGUCACUUUUUAAUUCAUUGCAAGAAGCAGUAAAAUCCCAUCAACCUGUUAAUUCACAACAAAAUUUAACGACAGAUUCUCCUCUUUUAAAUGUUCCUGCGCCCUCUUUUGUGUAGUAUUUUAUGAAAAAAUUUUAUAUAAAUAUAUACUUUGUAUAACCUCAUCCUUUUAAUGAAAGAAACAGAUAUUAAAAUAUAAAUUUUCGUCUACAAAUACAUAUCUUCUAAUAU